GAGACGCAUCGCUUGGCGCAUACCCGCCUGGUAAGUAAUCCAAGGGUGCGCACACAAAGCGUAGCGAAAUUCCUCGCUGCCCCUGGAGUGAAAAGAGUGAACAACAGGACAUGACAUUGAUAUUUUCCGACGGAGACGCAUCAGCCUGGCGCGCACUUAUCUGGUCGAUUGCCCAAGGAUGUGCGCGCAAGGUGGAGAGGCCAGCUCUUGGAAGUGAAGAAAUGCAUCAAAUUCACUGCAGCCUGACGCGCCUUUCGCGCGAGCGGCAGACAUACUGAGGCGCCGACCAAGAGCAUUCGAACGCCAACAAUGAAACUCCGCCGCCCUGUCGCAGGCACGUUGGGGCCAUGUGAGAGCGCUUGGAUGGUUGGGAAAAAACGUGGCUUCCGAAGCCAAAGGUGAGUAGCCUGAUGAUACAGGCUCCGCGUCGUGCUAAACACGGUGCGCCGACUCGUGCUCAUCGAUCUCCGCGUCCUGCUCCGACUAGUUGACCUCAACCUCCGCGUUGUGAAUGCCGCGCUGGGGUGUUGGGCCCCUGCCACGGCCAGGACACCCGAGCCCCAUAAUCAGGCAGCCCAGCGCGACGCCGCAGACCAAGAACAAGAUCAACAAGAAGAAGAUCAAGACACCAGCGAAGACUGCAAUUAAUCCCCAUGGCUCGGUGGUGGCUGUGGUGUUUGACGUGUCCGAACUCGUGCCCGUACCGGCCGUCUUGGUGGUCGUCGCGGUGGUCGUCUCAGUUGUUGUCUCGGUGGUUGUCUUGAUGAUGGUAGUAGUGCUUGACGUCGCGGAACUCGUGCCCGUAUCGGUGGUCGUCGUGGCCGUCUUGGUGGUCGUCGCGGUGGUUGCCUCGGUGAAGUCGAACACGUACGCGGAGCCUGAAUUGUAGCCCUGGUCGUCGUCAUAGUAGGCCCCCACCACCACGCGGGCCCCGUCGGAGCUCACGGCCACCGAGGAACCGAACAAGUCGAGUUCGGCCCCAUCACUCGCCACAAGCUUCAGCAGCCUCUCGCCGGUGGCCCCGUCGAGCACGUACACGGAGCCGGAACCUUCGCCCUGGUCGUCGUCAAAUGUGCUCCCCACCACCACGCGGGCCCCGUCGGAGCUCACGGCCACCGAGUGACCGAACCAGUCGUAAGCAGUCCCAUCACUCGCCACAAGCUUCAGCAGCCUCUCGCCGGUGGCCCCGUCGAGCACGUACACGGAGCCGGAAUUGUCCAAACUGGUCGUCGUCGCGGUGGGCCCCCACCACCACGCGGGCCCCGUCGGAGCUCACGGCCACCGAGAAACCGAAACGGUCGUCUGCAGCCCCAUCACUCGCCACAAGCUUCAGCAGCCUCUCGCCGGUGGCCCCGCCCCCACCACCACGCGGGCCCCGUCGGAGCUCACGGCCACCGAGGAACCGAAAAAGUCGCCUGCGGCCCCAUCACUCGCCACAAGCUUCAGCAGCCUCUCGCCGGUGCUCACGGCCACCGAGAAACCGAAACGGUCGCCUGCGGCCCCAUCACUCGCCACAAGCUUCAGCAGCCUCUCGCCGGUGGCCCCGUCGAACACGGACGCGGAGCCUGAAUUGUAGCCCUGGUCGUUGUCCACAUCGUUUCCCACCACCACGCGGGCCCCGUCGGAGCUCACGGCCACCGAGAUUCCGAAACGGUCGUAAGCAGUCCCAUCACCCGCCACAAGCUUCAGCAGACUCUCGCCGGUGGCCCCGUCGAGCACGUACGCGGAGCCA